AUGGCCGUCAAGUUAUGGUUGUUAUCUAUCGCGGUCUUGGCUACCAGGCUUCAUCUUUCAGUUCAGCAACAUGAUCCUGUCAAGGACUUUUGUCGACGGUUUGGACACCAGACGGCAGUCAUAGAUCGAAAGCUGUACGUCGACGGAGGACUCGUUAACUGGAAACCACUAGAGAGCAACCCAAAGAAUUAUACAAACUCAUGGUUACUGUGGCACGACCUUGAUCAUAACAGUAAGGAUGAAAUGCCAUACAUUCAUGCAAACCUCAGCAAAAAUGCCUCAAUUCCUUCGGUACAUGGUGGUACCCUCUGGGCAGAUGAUGUUAACUAUCGUUUAUUCCUGUUUGGUGGUGAAUUCUUCGGCGGAAGCCCCACCGGUUCGAAUCUCAUGUCCUAUGAUAUAUGGUAUGACCAAUGGGAUGAUUUUGGCCCACCCUCCGCAGAUAUCAAGCGCGUCAGUUACGGGUCUGCUAUAACCGUAAAGGAGCGAGGAGAAGGCUAUUACUAUGGAGGCUACCUUUCGAGAGCUUCAGUGACGGACUGGAGCGGCGAGCGACGUGUAACAUCAGAUUUAAUUCGAUACAAUAUGGACAGCAAUACGUGGGCAAGGCUUUCAGGACCAGACGAUGUAAAUCGUGCUGAGGGUGUCAUGACAUUUAUCCCCGCGAGUGACCGUGGUAUGCUGGUCUACUUUGGGGGUUUACAGGAUCCUGACGAUAAUGGUACCAUGGUGUCACAGUCAUUGGAUGAGAUAUUCCUUUACGACAUAAUAUCCAACAACUGGCACGUUCAAAAGGCAAAUGGUACAAUUCCUGAGAACCGAGGAAGGUUCUGUGCUGGGGCCGUAUGGGCUGAGGAUCGCAGCAGUUACAAUAUAUAUUUGAAUGGAGGCCACGGCCUGAAUGGACCUGGAUUUGACGACGUCUAUAUCCUUUCUUUACCAUCUUUCACAUGGAUCAAGAGCUAUCCUCUCGACCGAAAUGGAACAGGCGACUACCCGUCACACAGCCUAUCGUGUGACAUUGUCAACCAAGGAUCGCAAAUGCUAACUAUCGGAGGCGCCUUUCCACAAGGUGGAAGCACAUGCGACGUUGACGAGGUCUGGGGGGUUCACAAUAUCGAUUUGGGUGACCAGAUCAAGUCAAACUUCAAGAAAGUUUGGGCAGGAUAUGACCCGACUCUCUUCGGUUACAAGGUCCCUAGCUUUGUUACGAGCGCUAUUGGGGGAACAGAAGAUGGAGGUGCAACAAAACUCAAGCCUGACUACGGAUUCAUUAACCAUGACCUUGGCACAUUGCUCAGUAUGAAAGCGGUCUUUUCAACUCGCACGAGGUUGGAUGAUGGACGUACUGAGCCUGGGAUCGUUGAAUCAGACACAGCAUCAAGCCCAAAAUCAGGACUUUCUACAGGAGCCAUUGUUGGAAUUGCUGUUGGUGCCGGAUUUCUGCUCGCAGUUUUGGUUGGUCUCUGGGUAAUGCGCAGAAAGCGAAAAGCACAGCUCAAUAUCCAGUCAGCCCCUACGACAGAAUCAUUUUAUUCAGAUCAGCAUGUGCCACAAACCUCAAGCUCAGCUAAUUACGCUCAGUCCCCUGAUAGAUGGGGGCGCAGAAGUCCCAGAGUUCAGGAUUAUCAGUGGGAGGACUCAAAUGGAGUUCGGUACUGGAGACCGGUUCAGGUCAACUCGGAACCAUCUGAGAUGGACGGUCAAGGCACCAGAGCACCCGAAUCCGAUAUAGAGACUUCAUACCACAGGUGA